AUGCCAAUGAAGAUCCUUGAGCCCACUCGUGCAAAGAAGCCACACGCCGUCCAGACCAAGAGUGCCUUGCAAAUCUCUUCCACUCCUUUCGUUGUCUUCUCUGUGCUCUGUGCGCUUCCCGCCCCCAAAAGCCCCAACACCCGUAAUGGUGUCGCGCGUCGCAGCAACUCCACCUUCGAUAACUCUCAGCUCAACAAUUGUUCGGUGGCUGCCCCCGGAGAUGCAGGUCAUCCUCCCACCACCGUCUUUGAGACAGGUGGAAUUCCCCAAUUGCAAGAGAGCAGUCAUGGGUCUGCGCCAAAGUGGUGUCCAUGGUGUGUGCAAGAGAUAGAAGCCCCUUCACCGUUCCGACACAUCCUGGACGGUCGGACUGGGCUCGAUGAGUCGAUCCUCGAUACCAUCUAUACGCCGUAUGAUUCAGUAUCCAAGCGCCAAAGGUCGCAGUGA